AUGAAGUUCUCCAUUUUCUCCGCGGCUUCUCUUCUGGCCACCGCUGCCCUGGCAGGAACUGCCUGGGAAGAGCGUCACGGUCUCCCCUUUGAUCCCUUCAAGCACACCUUCGACAAGCUGACCAAAAACGGCUACCGUCCCACAUAUCUCACCGGCCAUGCUGAAUCGAAUGGUGACCCUCGACACAACGGCAUUUUCAAAACGCACCUCUUCGACGGGAUAAGCUGGACAGCCGAGUAUGGCUACGAGCCUAAAAAAUUCGGCGAAACCAUCAAAGAUCUGAGGAACCAAGGGUACUUUCCCAUGCAAGUUCAGGGAUAUAACAUGGGCAAGGAGCCAACUGAAGGCCACCUGAGACGAUUCAAUGGCAUUUGGCAUAAACACACUGACGGUAGGACAGUCCGUUGGGAAUUGCGGGUGGACUCAACAAAAGACCAGGUGACGGAGGCUUUGCACAAGUUUCCACCGAAAGGAUAUCGUCUUGUUAGUUUGAGCGGGUAUGGCAUCAGAUCUGAGCAGCGCUUCACCGCAGUGUUUCAGAGAACCCCUGGUCCGGAUUGGAAGGCAGCUCUUGGUAUGCGCAGGGAUGAAUACCAGAGGAGAACGGAAGAGAUGAGGAAGCUAGGCUUUUUUCCGGCGGAUCUCAGCGUGUAUAACAUUCAAGGGACAGUGUUCUUUUCUGCCAUCUGGCAGCAGGAGGGCGGCAAGUCGGACAAGUCAAUGUCUAGGUUUGGAAUGACUGCAAAAGAGUUAGAGGACUGGUUCAAUCAGUACAAAGAAAAGGGGUACGAGCCAAUGACUGUGUGUGGGUAUCUCGAACACAACUCUGUGAAGUAUGCUGCCAUCAUCGGCAAGCCAUAA